AGGAGCUGGGCCAGCUGACCCUGAACAGAGGAGGUACGAAUCCAGCUGACAGUGGGAGAGGACAGGAAAGGCAUUUCUUCCAGGCCCAGGGAGCAGCAGGAGCAUUGGCUGGGAGGAGAGAUGGAACUCACAGGACGCAGACGAAGGCAUACAUGGAGCAGGAAGCAACCAGGAGUCAUCACCAGACCAGUUCCUGCAGCAAGAGGAUUGCGACCCCUCCCGGUGGAAGUCGGUGUCCGCCUGGCUGCAGGUGUCCCCGUGCCCAGCCUGAGCAGUCCCUAAAUUACACAGACUUGGCUGGAAUUCGAAAUCCUCCUGCCUCAGCCGCCCAAGAGUGCUGGGAUUGUACUGUAUGCCAUGACACCCAGCUCUUGCCUGGCCUUUCACUUGGCUUGUAAAAGCUCCCCAGCCCCUCCAUACUUCCAUACUGCAGUUCUUGCAUCUGGAAAGUGGAGUUUGGAGCUGACUUCUAGGAUUCUGUCCAACUUUAACAUAUGAAUUUAUCAUCAAACCAGCGCUGGAGUGGUUGCCCUGUCUCUAGGAAAGGCGGUGACAUCGUGAAGGGCUUGGACAAGCUAAGCUUUCCUGGAGUGGCUCCCGGAUGCACCUGGGACCUGGCAUCAGGAGGGCCUCACAAAACUGCAGUUCACACAAGAGACAGAUACCUGCUGCACACCCUGCCCUUCCUUACCGAGUAACAGCCUUGGUGGCCUGGGAGUGGAGAGCAGAAUCCAGCUGCUGACCCUAACAGAAUGACCUUUCUUCUGAGCCUAAGGCCCCAAACCUCUGCUCUAAGCUGCUGCCCACGGAGUUCUUGGUCCGUGGCAGAGAGCUGUGUGCUUUGGGUGCAGAUGGAGCAGGGGGAAUUCACUGCUGCUUCUUGGGGCCCUGAGCCAAGCUCGGUGUAGCACGGCCUUGUUCCUUAACUCUUCACAAUCUUUUGCAGAUGAGGAAUUGAGGUGCAGAGUGUGUCCCCAGAUCUCUGGUGACACUGAUUCUCUCUUCCAUGUCCCCACUGGGAUGCAGUCUGUCUUCACUGGACACACACAGAACAGGCACAACCUUGGGGCUGGAACUUGGCUUCCACUUUCCCAACUCUUACAACUCAGAGGAAAACGCUGGGCCAUUGGCUGUGUGAGCAGCUCUGACCUAGAGUGUGAUGGAAACCAACUCCUUGGGGUACCUUAGAGUCUUAAUAAUGCAGCUGUUGUACUGUGAUCACCCAAACAAAAUUCCAUACAAACACAAUUCAUGUCCAGUUCAGGAAGCCAGUUUUCCUUCUUGUGACCACCCUGUGCGGGCCCGGGCUGCCCUGGCUUCUCUUGUGGAAAGGAAAUUGGCCAUCUGAGGGACAGGGGACAAGGAACAGGGGUAGCGAGGCUCCUGUCCCCUUCUGGGCUCCAACUUGGAGUGUUUCCCAGAAGAUGGGGCUGUCACUCUCUUAGGCCAGGGUUACAUCAUGGCAUUUUAGAUUGAUUUCCCUUCACCUGUUGUUUUUAAAGUUGAGGAAAUGAGGGGACUCACCCAAGGUCACCCAGGGGAAGGCGCACACACUAGAUCCAAAGGGCCUGUGCUCUCGGUGAGCCCCCUCUCGGUCUCCAGCACCAUUUACACAGCAGCCUGCUGCCUUGCAGCUCAUUAGGGCCCAUCGGGAGAAACAGUAACCCGGGUGAAUUAGGUGUCUGAAAGCUGAACCCGUAUUGGCCACGAAGCCUUGGCAGGGACGCUCUUCUCCCCUGUUCGCAGCAGCCUGGCUUUUGCAGUGAUGCCAGAGCCCCUACACCCAAGGGCCAGACUCGGGUGUAGAGGGCCAAGGGUGUGAGCUAAAAGCUCCAGACAGCAGGGUCGAGCUGGGCGUCUUCCCGGAGGAGGAGGAAGGGCAGGUGGGUGGUGGGACAAAGGAAGGGGUGAGUUUUCCCGCUGCUGGGAAAAGACCGAAGGAAAGGCUGGAAACAACUGGGGUCGCCCUGCCUGAAGUCCUUGGCGGACGCCGGAACCCCCUGUCUGCGCCGGGGCGGGAUGAGCCCUUAAAAGGAGCUCGCGGGCUCGGCCCCGCCCCGCCCCGCCCCGCCCCGCCCCGCGGCGGGAACGCAGCGCGAGGCUCGGACCUACUCGGGUCCGCGCGGGGCGCGGGGCGCGGGGCGCGGACACCGACGGGCACGCAGCUGGGGCGCUCGGUGUGACCCCGGGGCGCUCUCCGCGGUCGCCAUGGCCUCGGUGUUCGGAAAGCCCCGCGCCGGCAGCGGGCCUCCGAGCGCACCCCUGGAGGUCAACCUGGCCAUCCUGGGGCGCCGCGGGGCGGGCAAGUCCGCCCUGACUGUGAAGUUCCUGACCAAGAGGUUUAUCAGCGAAUAUGACCCCAACUUGGGCUUUCACUAUGUAGUCCAGACUGGCCUUGGAUUCAUGAUCCUCCUGCCUCAGCCUCCUGAGAAGGGAAUUUGGUGUGCUCUACCAGAGGACACCUACAGCUCCGAGGAGACGGUGGACCACCAGCCCAUCCACCUGAGGGUCAUGGACACUGCAGACCCGGACAUCCCCAGGAACUGCGAGCGCUACCUGAACUGGGCCCAUGCCUUCCUGGUGGUGUACAGCGUAGACAGCCGCCAGAGCUUUGAGGGCAGCAGCAGCUACCUGGAGCUGCUCGCCCUGCACGCCAAGGAGACGCAGCGCUGCUACCCGGCCCUGCUGCUGGGCAACAAACUGGACAUGGCCCAGUACAGGCAGGUGACCAAGGCCGAGGGAGCAGCCCUGGCCGGCAGGUUCGGCUGCCUCUUCUUCGAGGUCUCCGCCUGCCUGGACUUCGAGCAUGUGCAGCACGUGUUCCAUGAGGCGGUGCGGGAAGCGCGGCGGGAGCUGGAGCGGAGCCCCCCGGCCCGGCCCCUCUUCAUCGCUGAGGACAGGGCUCCCGUGCACCAGGUGCCGCUCACGGCCCGGCACGGGCUGGCCGGCUGCACUUUCAACACGCUGUCCACCUUCAGCCUGAAGGAGAUGCCCGCCGUGGCUCAGGCCAAGCUGGUCACAGUGAAGUCAUCGCGUGCCCAGAGCAAGCGCAAGGCGACCACCCUCACCCUCCUAAAGGGCUUCAAGAUCUUCUGAGGCCCAUGCCCCUCCUCGGCAGCCCCGGCAGCAGGACAGGGGCUGGCUUGUGAUGCCGGCCUUUCUCACCGAUGGACUGCUGGCCCCGCCCACUGAUGGACAGCUGAACCUGCCUCUGGCACCAAGCAGAGUCCCCACAUUGAGCCUAAGGCACUGGGUGGGCUGCUGCUGCUUGGUCUCUAUGGUGUCCUUUGCACCUAGGACCCUGGAGGGAAACGGCCAUUGCCACAGCCCAGAGACCUGCCAUAGCAGGAAGAAACUGUGUCCAUUCUGCUGCCGUAACUCUAGCCCGGCUAGCUGUGUCCCAUGGUAGACGGACAGUUCCCAGAGGCCCCAGGAGGGGCGGCCUAGGGGUCGUGGUGCCACCUGGUGGGAGGCAGAGGCAGCGCAACUGCUUAGAAGUAGGAGCCUGACCCUGCUAUCCUCUUCUGACCUCACAGGAUACGCGGGUAGUGACCCCAGUUUAUUCAAGGAAGAUCUGCUUAAGAUAAUUCUGCGGGGCCGCUGCACAGGCAGGGGCUCCGGGUCGGGUAUUCCCAGCGCUUCCCCUUUCAGGGAGGGGAGAAGAGAACCUCCAGUGGGCUUUCAUCAGGAUUCAGGGUCUUCUUCCCCACUUUGCUAAGGACUGUGUGCACACCCUCAGGACCAGGUCCUCAAGUCUAAUGACCAAGGCUGCAGAACACAGUGUCCUCUCUGGUUUCAGGAGAGCCCACAGAAGGCAGGGUCGCAUGCCACCUGGCAGCCACCAAUGCCGGCUCAGACAGGAACGGUGUAAAGCUUGUAACAGGGUUUGGCCGGACAUGUGACCUUCAGCAACAGAUCUGAGCUUUCAAAGCCCAGUUUUUUUUUCUUCUAGCACUGGGGAUUGAACCCCGGGCCUUCACACUGAACUAUAUCAUCAGCUAUUUUAUUUUAUUUUGGGAAACUAAGUUGUCUAGGCUGGGCUGAAAACCUGGGAUGCUCCUGCCUCAUCCUCCCAGAGAACUGAAAUUACAGGUGUGUGCCACUGCGCCCAAGCCAAAGUCCACUUUGGUGAGACAGAACCUGAAGUAUGUCGGGCUAAUAGAGCAAAGUUUUGCAUAGAUUCUAUGGUGUCCCCCUUAACAGCUUAUGCCACAACAUCAUGGCUCAGAUGGAGCCGCAGGUUCCUCCCUGCGGUUCCCAGUGUUAGCCAGAGGAAGCUUCAGAGGCAGUUGUCUUCCAGCUCUGUUUACCAUGAGCAGGUACAGGAGGAGCCUCUGGCUUCCUGAAGGGCUGGGAAGGGGAUUCUGACUCCAGAAUCCUGCUUCCUUCCAUGUCAGUGCCCCAUUCCAGGAGCUUGGACUCAAAAUCCCCCUAACCCAGCCUUCAACCCAUUCUAUGGAGGGAGAAGCUGAGGCCAGAGGAAGGCUGUGAACCAUUCCAGGCCACCCGCGGAGGGUCCCUGCCAGGCUUCCCGAGCCCUAGGCUGCUAGGGGUUUUGCACUUUUCUUCAAGCCACUUGUGUGUUUGUGUAUAUGUGCGUGUGUAUCACAGCCACUUGAACAGUCUGUGCACUUCCCACUGCCCACUACCAGAAGCAUUUUUAAUAAAAGAUUUUUUUAACUAUCA